AUGGCUGAACUUCACGAGAGCCAAACUUGCCCUAAGUCAUCCUCAAACAAGAGCAAUUUGACCCAACAUAUCCAGAAUGUUCACAAACAUCUCAAGCUCUUCCAGUGUCCACAUUGCCUCCAGUCAUUCUCACAAAAGAGCAAUUUGAAUAAACAUGUUGAUGGUGUUCACAAAUACCUCAAGCCCUUCCCAUGUCCAGAACGUGACAUGGCAUUUUCAUUGAAGGCGCAUCUGGACCGCCAUCUACAUUUACACAAAUACGAGGGCUUAACCAGACCAUUUUUAUACCCCGAUUGCGAAAACGGGUACUUUACUCAACCCGAGCUCGAUCUGCACUGUGUAACACACCAUGCAGAGAACCCCUUACGCUUCCUCUGCAAUAUUUGCGGGAAGGCUUUUAUAAAGAAAGACAAUCGGAAUAAACAUGAAUUUCGAUAUAUACACUCUAUAAAGUGCCCGGUUCACUUUUGUUACGAAUUCUUCAAGACAGCUAAAGAAGCGCUAGUACAUGCAAAAGAUAUAAACCAUUGCUCCAAUCUGGCUCUGUACCUAUGCCCCCUUCCUAAUUGCAUAACGACGGUAGCCGGCAGAUUACUUCACAACGGUCACGUUUCGCCUAGCAAUACGUCAGAGUUCAAGCAAGCGGAACUACCUCGUUUCUAUAGGAACCCUUUGUUCGAGGUCAUCUUCAAGUACCAGCAACCAGCCGGCAUCGUUACGACUACUUCUGUGGAUUCAGAUGUUGACAUGAAGGAUUCGAAUCAUGUCAUGGAGGAUCCAGAUGGUAUCGAUCACAUGGCGAUUGAAUAUCGUGAAGUCUACAUUAAGGAAGAGGAGGACUAUUAUGAUUCGGGCGAUUGGAAUACAGUCGACCGUGGUUCAGAGGUUAGCAUUCUCGAGAUGAAUGAGAACCUGUGGGGCUUGCGCCCUCUUCUGGAUCUGAUCCCUGAACCAUGCCCGGAGCAGGUGGCAAUCGACCUGCACACUGCCUUUCUGAAACAUUACGACAGGGGUUCCGAUAUGGCUUGCUUGAGGCUUAGGACUAGAUGCCACAAAUGCGGCUCAGAGUAUUCCGAGCGCAGGUUCAUGAAGUGGUGGGGUUCGAAAGCGCCCAAGAUCGACUUCGAACCUCUCCGAGAGAAGCUUCUGAGAGUAGUAACGGAGUCCUGGACUUUGUGGUGCACCGAGUACGAAGACCAGGCCAGGCAGCCGGUCAGUCAAGUGAAGCGCACGAUGCAGCCUAUGCGUCGGAAAGUGGUUGUGCUGGACUGUGAGUACGGCUUCGAGUUUGCUAUCGUCGAUCGAGCGACAAAUGAGGUGCUAAUAAACACCUUAAUAAAGCAAACGGAUAUCAAGGCAGUCCUUCGACUUAAACGGUUUCCACCAGCGGCACAGGGGGUUGAAAAACAGCGAGAGAAAAAGAUCUUUUCUAAUGCAAAUGCAUCGACCCUGAUAGAUGUAAAGCAGGUUGUCAAAUCCCUGCGACGGGCAGGAAUCACCCCCGAGACUGUGUUCCUUGUUUGGGCCACGAACAAAUUCGACCUCACGGUAGUCAGGGAAUUCUUGGAGCGAGGAGGGCAAAACGCGGGCAUUUUACCCAAUAACGGCAAUUGCAUCUUUACGGUCGAUUAUUUCAGGCAUAACAUGAAGGGGUUUGGCAUGCCGCUUAGACUUGCCAAUGUCCUCGAACUUCUGUAUCCAGGCCAUGGCCUAAUUGGUCAUAAUCAUCGAGCUCUGCCUGACUGCCGGCAGACCAUGCUGGUUUUGGACCCCUUCGAUGAGUUUUGCAAACCAUCUGAGGUGCGGAAAUCAGAAUGGAAGUUGGACAUUCUUGCAGAGAGGUUCAGUGCUGCGGCAGGGCAGGCUGCUUCGGUCCCCACCAAGCGGCGGAGGACCAACUCAACGGAGCAAGACGACACUGAGGGAUCUUCAAGCCCCAAACGUACGAGUUUGUCAUCCGAAGUGUGA